CAACUGCUUUGGUUAUUCAAUUCAAUUGAAACACAAAUGCUGGUGCAGAAAAUACACAUUUGCUUUUGAAAAUACUCUAGUACGAUUUCAAUAAUUAAUUUUAAUUCGAAAAAAAACCAAAGCUCGAGAUGGUUAUCUUCAAAUUCGUUCUUUGUUAUGAACUUCAUUGAUCUAAUGAAUUACACUUAAUAUUUUUUUUUAACAGUAUCAAAAAAGUGUGGUUGAAAUCAAAUUAAAGUUGUUCUCAAUAAACUAUACAGUGAAAUAGAAUCAAACAAAAUCAAUUAAGUAUAUUGUUUUAUAUGGUGUAUUAUCAGCAAUGGUUCCUUUUAAAAUUGGACAUUUUUCUGUCGGAUCAGUUGAAGAUCCUGUGUUUAUAAUAGCUGAAAUCGGUCAAAAUCAUCAAGGUUGCAUUGAAACAGCUAAAAAAUUAAUAAAGGCAGCUAAGAAAGUUGGCUGUAACUGCGUGAAGUUUCAGAAAUCUUGCUUAAGUGAUAAAUUUACCAAGAGUGCCCUUGACAGAUCCUAUUCUGGGAAAAACUCUUUCGGCAAUACUUACGGGGAACACAAGGCGUUCCUAGAAUUUUCAUUAAAACAACACAUAUUAUUAAAACAGUACUGCAAAAACUUGGAUAUAUUUUUUUCCGUUUCGGCAAUGGAUGAGGUAUCCUUGGAAGAAAUAGUAUCACUUAAAUUGCCAUUCAUUAAAAUUGGUUCCGGUGAUGCUAACAACUUUAAAUUAUUGGAAAAAGCUGCACAAUUACGAACCCCAGUUAUUAUAUCAACAGGAAUGCAGACUAUGGCAACAAUAAAAACUAUUAUUCAAAUUAUGGAAAAAUCAAACAAGACUAAUUUUGCAUUAAUGCACUGUAUAUCUUCUUAUCCAACAAAACCUGAAGAUUGCAAGUUGCUGACCAUUCAGUUGCUUCAAAACAAAUUUCCUAAUGUUUUGAUUGGCUAUUCUGGUCACGAAGUUUCUCCAUAUAUAUCUGAAUCUGCUAUUCUACUAGGUGCGAAGAUAAUUGAAAGACAUUUAACUCUGGAUAAAAUGCAGAAAGGUUCAGAUCAUUCAUGUUCUUUGACACCCAUGGAAUUUGAAUCUUUAGUCAAAACUAUUAGAUCAUAUGAACAUGCUAAGAUGUUGCAGAUACCUAAGUCUACACGAUUUAUAAUUAAUCAUUUCAAUGAUGACGAAAAUGUAAGAAAAUCUUUAGAAAAGAUAUGUGGACGAAAAAUUUUGAAUUGUGAACAAGCUUGUCGGAAAAAACUGGGAAAAUCAUUAGUUACUGCAAAAGUUAUCUUUAAGGGAGAAAUGCUGACACAAGAUAAACUAAAUGUUAAAGUAAGUCAACCACUUGGAGUAGUAGCAGAAAGAUUGUGGGAUUGUGUGGGACAAUUUGUGAACAAAGAUUUAAGCAAGGAUACACCUCUCCAGUGCAAUGAUAUUAUCGGAUUUGUAUAAGUUUUCAAUGAGUAACAUUAAAAGCUGUUUAAUGAAAAAAGACAAUGAAAAAAAGGAUUUAUCCAUUAUUGUAUUUAUAUUAUGCUUCUAAUACUUAGUGUUGAGUACUACAUCAGAUAUUAUUGUUUUUUAAACGCAUAGUAUAUAAUAUAAUAUUUAAAAAAAUGGAUUUGUUUUCUAUC